CGGCCCCCGGCGGAGGGGCGGGGCGGGCCGGGAGGAGCCGCUUUCGCAAGCGGGAGGGGGAUCCGCCGCGGAGUUACGGGAAAGUUGGUCCGAGUUCCUGGAGUUUCCCUCUGUGGUUCCCUGGGCUCGGCUGGCCGGUUCCUCGGCUCCUUGCCCGACUCCGGCCUUCGCCGCCCACCUGGUCCCUCCUUCUACCCCCGGCCGCCAUGGAGCAGCCGCCGGCGCCCAAGAGUAAGCUAAAAAAGCUGAGUGAAGACAGCUUGACUAAGCAGCCUGAAGAAGUUUUUGAUGUAUUAGAGAAACUGGGAGAAGGGUCUUAUGGAAGUGUAUUUAAAGCAAUUCAUAAGGAAUCUGGUCAAGUUGUGGCAAUUAAACAAGUACCUGUUGAGUCAGAUCUUCAGGAAAUAAUCAAAGAAAUUUCCAUAAUGCAGCAGUGUGACAGCCCAUAUGUUGUAAAGUACUAUGGCAGUUACUUUAAGAAUACAGACCUCUGGAUUGUUAUGGAGUACUGUGGAGCUGGCUCUGUCUCGGACAUAAUUAGAUUACGAAACAAGACAUUAACAGAAGAGGAAAUUGCAACUAUUCUUAAAUCUACUUUGAAAGGACUAGAAUAUUUACACUUUAUGAGAAAAAUACACAGAGAUAUAAAAGCUGGAAAUAUUCUCCUUAACACAGAAGGACAUGCAAAAUUGGCAGAUUUUGGAGUGGCUGGGCAGUUAACAGAUACAAUGGCAAAACGCAAUACUGUGAUAGGAACUCCAUUUUGGAUGGCUCCUGAGGUAAUUCAGGAAAUAGGCUAUAACUGUGUGGCUGACAUCUGGUCCCUUGGCAUUACUUCUGUAGAAAUGGCGGAAGGAAAACCUCCUUAUGCUGAUAUACAUCCAAUGCGGGCUAUUUUUAUGAUUCCCACAAAUCCACCACCAACAUUCAGGAAGCCCGAACUUUGGUCUGACGAUUUCACUGAUUUUGUUAAAAAAUGCCUGGUGAAGAGUCCUGAGCAGAGAGCUACUGCGACACAACUUUUACAGCAUCCUUUUAUCAAGAAUGCAAAACCUGUAUCAAUUUUAAGAGACCUGAUCACAGACGCCAUGGAGAUCAAAGCUAAAAGACAUGAAGAACAGCAGCGAGAACUGGAAGAAGAGGAAGAAAAUUCGGAUGAAGAUGAGCUGGAUUCCCACACCAUGGUGAAGACCAGCUCGGAAAGUGUGGGCACAAUGAGGGCCACAAGCACGAUGAGUGAAGGGGCCCAGACCAUGAUUGAACAUAACAGCACAAUGUUAGAAUCUGACUUGGGGACCAUGGUUAUAAACAGCGAGGACGAGGAGGAGGAAGAUGGAACUAUGAAAAGAAAUGCAACCUCACCACAAGUACAAAGACCGUCUUUCAUGGAGUACUUUGAUAAACAGGACUUCAAGAAUAAGAGUCAUGAAAACUGUAGUCAGAACAUGCAUGAACCCUUCCCUGUGUCCAAAAAUGUUUUCCCUGACAACUGGAAAGUUCCUCAAGAUGGAGACUUUGACUUUUUAAAAAAUCUAAGUUUAGAAGAACUACAGAUGCGGUUAAAAGCGCUGGACCCCAUGAUGGAGCGAGAAAUAGAAGAGCUCCGUCAGAGAUACACUGCGAAAAGACAACCCAUUCUGGAUGCGAUGGAUGCCAAGAAAAGAAGGCAGCAGAACUUUUGAAUCUAAUUUCUGUUCUGUUUGUUUCUAUGACUGUUCUGGAGACCAAGAAACCACUAAGAAUUGAAGGGGUAUUAUGCUAUCUUUUUCAAUCUCUUAAGAUCCGUGCUCUACAACCAGGCAGCAGUCAAAAACUGACGAUGGUACAAACCCAGGUAAAUUCCCCAAAGACAGAAUUUAAUACUGUAUCCACUGUGUUUUCAUUUUUUAAAUAAUGAAAACAGCAGAAAUGGUGUUCUCUACAUCUGUCAGCUGCAUACCAGUACUAAAACUGUGUUUUAAAACGAAGGCUGUGUUUAGAAACCUUGAAAAUCCAAAGCUGUUGUGUAAUUGUACAGCACCGAAGGGCUUUAUGUUACAGUAUUCUUUAUUCUUUUCUAUUAGCCUAUUUAUUGUAUCCCUUUAGGUAAACUUAUUUAUUUAUGCUAUUUCACCUUGUUUUGUUUUUUAAGGACAAGAUCAGGAUAGCUUUGGUGAAGGCAGGGACUAUUACUAGAUGAUAAUGAACAACCCAAUUAUACUGUAAGCAGGGAGCUCUGGGGUACAUGCUUUCAUUUCCAGGAUAGUUUUCCAAUAGAAGCAAAGCAAUAAUAGCAAUAGUACCCAAAGGGCCCAGGCAUUUUUUUAUACAGAAGCAAUAAUUCCAUUUUUACCUUCUGAAGUUUUAAUUUUUUAUUUUUGAUGCUUGGUACAAAUAAAACUAUAUAUAUUUAGGUCAGACAGAGCUGUAAUGUUUAAAACCAAAGAAAUCAAUGGAACCCUUGCACAAAAAAGCAUGGUAAAUUUUUUAAAAGAAAUAAUUCCUUAAGACAAAUGUAAUUGUGACUGUUGUUUCAUGUGUAGGUCUCAUAGCUAAACUGUAUCAAACAGUAAUAAGCUCAUGACAUUUUUUCUGUGAAAAUGUGCUCAAUUGUCACCAGACAUUUUUGUUGAUUUCAUUUAUUUCCUGGGAAUUGGUAAACAUCAUGUGCCUGAUGAUAGCAAAAUAGCAGAAACAUUUGUACUGAACUGUGCAAGCCUUGGGGACUGAUAAAGAUUAAAACUAUUAAAAAGAAACUCAUUUCUAAGCUGAAUGAACAUUUGCAUGAUUGAACUGGGACCAGUCAUUUUCCUAAGCUACAUAUGGCCAUCUUGACAGCGUUUGUUCUUUUGUGUGUUUAAUUACUACAUGUAAAUCAUAAAGACAAAUAAAUUUUACUGUGCCACCCAA